AUCAUGAAACUUCAUCAUCGAAUAUUUACUUCCACGAUCACCGUUUUGGGAUGCUUGGUUCUGUUCUGGUAUUCGAAAGCUUUGAAUGGAAAAAGAAAAUUUUUGCCUAGUGAGGACGCCUUUGGUAAAGUUUUAACGAGUGAAAAUGGAGUUUGGUAUGUUGAAGAUGAAAACUGUCAGCCACGUGAUAAUUUCGUGCGCGCGCAACUGAAGUGGGAAGAAUCCCCCACAAUUUUUGUGUAUCCCACAUCAAUCGAUAAAUGGGUAUCAGGAAGAAUAAUAAAUGAAGGUAAGUGGGAGGAGCAUCAUAUUCAAAGAAUUCACAGAAUUUUGAGGUCGGAUCCCUCGAUGAUAUUUCUUGAUAUAGGAUCGAAUGUUGGAGCAUUUUCACUCACUAUGGCGGAACUUGGUAAUCCUGUAAUUGCAGUAGAUGCGUUAAGGGACAAUACUGCUCGACUUUGUGCUUCAAUGGAAAUAAAUCAUUUACAAAACAAAAUAUCAAUAAUUCACAACGUACUGUCAUUCAAAAGAGAGAAAGUAUCACUUGGAAAAUUUUAUCUUAAUGUUGGCGGAACAUUUGUAAAGCAUAUGGGUGCUUCUGCAGAAAGUGACAGUAUAGUCAUCGACGCAAUAUUACUGGACGAUCUUUUGGAAAUCUACAGAUUUAAGGGAAGAGUCGUUAUCAAAAUGGAUGUAGAGUCUUUUGAGGCCAAUGUUUUAAGAGGCGCAUAUAAAUUCUUUAAUCAUGUGAAUGUAGAUUUUAUUUUAAUUGAGUUCAUGGCACACAGAGGAAAAGAGAGCGGGGAUUUUAUUGUGAAAUUCUUAAAACAGUUUGGUUUGGAACCCGAAUUUUCCAACGGUAACCAUAGUUCUUGGCCAAUUGAUGUCUGGUUCAUGAGACCAGAUAAAUUAAAAAAAAAUGAAAUUGUUCUGAAUCAUCUUCAUAAAUAA